GGUAUAUAUUGUGAAUUUGGGUGAAUAACAAUCCCGCUUCCUGUUGCACAUGCGCACUUGUGCGGCCACGUAUUUUGGUCCAGCACGAAAAAAUAUCGUUAAUAUAUCAAAAAGAACAUGCCUUUGAGGUUAGAUAUCAAGCGGAAGUUGUCUGCACGAUCUGAUCGUGUGAAGACAGUUGAUCUUCAUCCAACAGAGCCAUGGAUGCUUGCUAGUUUAUAUAAUGGAAAUGUCCAUAUUUGGAAUUUUGAGUCACAGCAAUUGAUAAAGUCGUUUGAAGUAUGUGACUUACCAGUGAGGACAGCACGGUUUGUGCCGAGGAAGAAUUGGGUCAUUACUGGUUCGGAUGACAUGCAUGUUCGAGUUUACAACUACAACACUCUGGAACGAGUGCACCAGUUUGAGGCUCACAGCGAUUAUAUUAGAUCUAUAGCAGUACAUCCUACACAGCCAUUCUUCCUCACCAGUAGUGACGACAUGUUGAUCAAGUUGUGGGACUGGGAUAAGAAAUGGACGUGCACACAGGUGUUUGAGGGACAUACACAUUACGUGAUGCAGAUUGUCAUCAACCCUAAAGACAACAACACAUUUGCCAGUGCCUCCCUCGACAGAACUGUCAAGGUAUGGCAGCUUGGGUCACCAAAUCCAAACUUCACUCUAGAAGGUCAUGAGAAGGGAGUUAACUGUGUAGAUUACUACACAGGGGGAGAUAAACCAUACUUGAUAUCUGGUGCCGAUGACAGACUUGUCAAGAUUUGGGAUUAUCAGAACAAAACCUGUGUUCAGACAUUGGAGGGACAUGCACAGAAUAUCUCAGCUGUAGCUUUCCAUCCCGAGUUACCUAUCAUACUGACUGGAUCAGAAGAUAGUACAGUGAGAAUAUGGCAUGCUAACACAUACAGACUGGAGUCUACACUGAACUAUGGUCUAGAAAGAGUGUGGACCAUAGCUUGUCAGAGAGGUUCAAAUAAUGUUGCCCUGGGUUACGAUGAAGGCAGCAUUAUAAUCAAGCUUGGAAGAGAGGAACCAGCAAUGUCAAUGGACUCUAGUGGUAAAAUUAUCUGGGCAAAGCACUCUGAGGUACAGCAAGCCAACAUUAAGGCAAUGGGCGACCAGGAGAUCAAGGAUGGAGAGAGGCUGUCACUUGCUGUCAAGGAUAUGGGAGCAUGUGAAAUAUAUCCACAAAGUAUACAACAUAAUCCUAAUGGAAGGUUUGUAUGUGUGUGUGGAGAUGGGGAGUACAUCAUCUAUACAGCUAUGGCCCUGAGAAACAAAAGUUUUGGAUCAGCACAAGAAUUUGUCUGGAGUAAUGACUCAUCUGUGUAUGCCAUCAGGGAGGGAAGUAGCAUGGUGAAAAUCUUCAAAAAUUUCAAAGAACAAAAAUCUUUUAAGCCAGAUUUUGGCUGUGAAGGUAUCUAUGGUGGGAACAUGUUAGGUGUUAGAUCUGUCAGCGGGCUGGCGUUCUAUGACUGGGACACCACAGAUCUGGUUAGAAGGAUUGAAAUUACACCCAAAAAUAUAUUUUGGAGUGAGAAUGGGGAGUUGAUGUGUAUAUCUACAGAUGACUCAUUCUUUAUACUCAAAUAUAAACAAGAAGCUGUAGAGAGGGCAAGUGAAAAUAGAGAACUCAUCACUGAAGAUGGUAUUGAAGAGGCUUUUGAUGUUGUGGGAGAAAUUGAGGAGGUUGUAAAGACGGGGACCUGGGUUGGAGACUGUUUUAUAUAUACAAAUUCUGUAAACAGACUUAAUUACUACGUUGGUGGAGAAAUUGUUACUAUAGCUCAUUUAGAUAGAGUAAUGUAUAUAUUAGGAUAUAUACCCAAGGAUAACAGACUAUACCUGGGUGAUAAGGAACUGAAUGUGAUAAGUUACUCACUACUCCUGUCUGUCCUCGAGUACCAGACAGCCGUGAUGAGACAGGACUUCGAGACGGCGGACAAGGUGUUACCUACAGUACCUAGAGAACAUAGGACCAGAGUGGCUCACUUCCUGGAGAAACAGGGUUUUAAAUCUCAAGCUUUAGCUGUGACAUGUGAUCAGGAACACAAGUUCGAGCUUUCUGUGCAAUUAGGGGACCUUAAAACAGCAUACCAGAUAGCCAAAGAAAUUGAGGGUGAACAAAAAUGGAAGCAGUUAGCUGAGCUAGCCAUACAGAAGUGCGAGUUUGGAUUGGCGUUAGAAUGUCUGCACCAGGCUCAGGAUUUCGGAGGUCUGUUGUUGUUGGCAUCCUCAGCUGGAAACGCAGAAAUGUUGGGAAAACUUGGAGAGUCGGCAGAGAAAGGGGGACAAAAUAACGUUGCAUUCCUGUCAUACUUCGUGCUUGGACAGUUGGAGAAGGCUCUAGAGGUGUUAGUGAACACAGGUAGACUGCCAGAAGCAGCUUUCUUUGCCAGAACUUACUUACCUAGUCAUGUAUCAAGAAUUGUUCAAUUAUGGAGAGAAUCUUUACACAGUGUGAAAGCAGCCAAUUCAUUAGCAGACCCAGCUGAAUAUGAAAAUCUGUUUCCUGGCAUGGCUGAUACUGUGAAGUGUGAACAAUUCCUCAAACCUCAGAGAAUGAGACGGUACCCAGCACGAACAUACCCACAAGUUCCUACAAAUUCUGACCGAGUGCCGCUAGAAGAGAUGGCAGCAGCUGAGGAAAGGGGAGCAUUCAGUUACCAACCACCACGACCUGAGGGAGAGGAAGAUGAGUUUGUUGAAGCACCACAAUCACAGUCCAAAUCACAGGAUAAAGAUUUAGACUGGGACAGUGAACCAGAAACUGAGACAACUCCUGCAGAACCAAAACCCAGUGAACCAGUCCAACCAGAACCAACAGAACAGGCUGAGAAUGAUGCAUCAGAACAUGGGUGGGGAACAGAUUCGGACAUUGAGGAUUAUGACGAAACUGAUCCAAAUGUUGAUCAGUCAGCUGAUCAGUCACAUGAUCAGUCAGGUGACAUCACUAGUGAGAACAUGGAAAAUGUUCCACAUGAUAGUGAUACUGAUAUACUCUCAGAAGAGGCCCCAGUGAAAGAAGAAAAAGCUCCAGAACAGCCACAUUUAGGUGCCAAGGAGAUUGCAGACUUGGAGAAGGAGUUGGAACUUGACCUAGAAAAUCUCGAUGUUGGUGAUACAGCGGAAUCAGGGGAGACUAAUCAGGAUUUAGAAUUAGAUGAGAACUUACUGGAAGACUGAUGUUGAUGGAAAUGUGAUAGUUUAAUUUAUUCUAAUGGAAUACAGUAACUGCAGAACCAACUCGGAGCAGUCUGCUCUGAAACAGCAAGACUUUCUGUGCAUGUUUUUAAGUAGGAAAAUUACUUCAGUCGACUGGGAUCUACUGUUGUGAUGUAGGGACUCUUUGUUAACAUGCACUACUGUAAAAUACAACCAUUGUUAAUAGGUAAAUCUUUACAUAAAAGAAAUGAAUAAAACAAGUGGUUUGCCAGGUUAGGUGAUUUUGCACAUGACAAGGAGAGAAAGAGCUGUAUGACUUUGGAUGUGCCUGUAGAUGAGUUAGUACUAAUUUAUGAACUGCAAAAUGAUACAUUUAUCGUACUCCGUUAUUAUCAUACUGCGUUUACAUACACAAAGUGUAUUUAUUGAAAUUGUAGAUUGUUGAGAAAAUGUUUGUGAUAAUGUAUUUGACAAUUGAGGGAUACCAAUUUAUUGUUUAUUUAUGUCUUCAUUGUAUAUUAAAGUGCUUCAUCUAGAAUACAUUACAGUUAUAUUUGUUUUAUUAAAAGAUGGUGUAAAUAAUCAUUAAAAAAAGUCUGUUUUACUACUAGUAUGAGAUUUCUAUUGUAUAAACUUGAAAAUUUUUAGGUAGUGGACGUAAAGGCAUGGGUUAUUUCCAUGUAAAUGCAUUUUCUUUUAGGGCAGUUCUGAUAUUCUCCAUCUCUUAAAGAGUUUAAGGUUGCAGAUAAAGAGACAGUCGUUAUUUCCAUUUGAAUGCAUAUGCUCUGUAUACAAUUUGACUGGGCCCUUAUCAACGAUUGUCUUUCCGAGUCCACAACCUUAAGAUAAAACAACAGUAAGAAAGUAUUUUGAAUUUUUUUUUAAGAAUCUUGAUGAAGAUACCCAGGGGAGAAAUAGUCAGGAAUGGGUUUAUACUAAAAACAAUUGUGUAUUUAUCAUUUCUGUUUCAAAAUAAAACUUUCUGAAACAUUGUCCUGGUUUACAAAAGUUUUUAAUAGAAAGUUUGUAAUCUGAAUUGUUAAUACAUUCUGUAUGGUUUUACUUAUUAUUGACUUUUUGACUUUGUACAUGGUAAUGUUUGUAAAAGAUGCUCUAUAGCAUCAGAAUACAUGCAAAUGAAUAAAUUAUUAUAAUAUGAAAA